GAUCGCCGAAACACCACGAAUCGAACAUCGUUUCGUCGCUAUGAAGACGAAAUAGUAUUUGCAUCUCGCAGAUUUCCACUGAAUCUCUUGUUUUCUCCGACGCUACUUUAGCUUCUCCGUCGACCGUGGUGGUGGUGGUGGUUGAGAAGGCGAUGAUAACGAGAUCGAAACUAGCGGAACAGCUAAGAGAAUAUCAGAUUAAAUCAAAGCAUGAUUGGGCCUCCGUCUCUAUCUUCUCUUCCUCCUCCAAUUUCUCUUCUUCUUCUUCCAGGGUGGAUGUGGUAGUCUUUGUUAUUUGGGAACUGGUGAUCUUAGCGUUCCUGGUGUUUUCAGCUGUCUCCUUGUACUUGAAGCGGUUGGAACUCGCGUUCAUCUUGCUUUGUGUCUGCUUACUAUUGUUCGUUUGUAUGAAAAUCACAAAGCAAGUGAGAAUAGCUAGGAAGAAGAAGCGGAGGAUGCUUCUUCCUCUCUCUAUGUAACCAUGAAUCUGCAAUAGAUUCUUACACAACCAAACUCAACUCUACCACAUAAGUGCAUCGAUGAAGGUCAAGUUUUAAUCUCACAAUUGUCUCUGGUACGCAAUGCUUCUUGUCCUUUGAAGAGUAAACCUGACCUGAUGGAUGGGUGGAAUCUCAGAGCUUAGCUUAGACAAAUCAGAGUUGAAAAGAUUGCUUCUUUUUUUUUGUUUUGUUCAUUGAUUAGGUCGUUUUUUAACACAAUAUAUCCUCUUUGUGUAGUUACUUUGCUUUGUUGUCUGUUGAAAGUUCAAAAGGAAUGGUUUGCAAGAUUUCAUGUGAAUAGGAAAAGAGAACACACUCGUGAAAAUAAACAGAGUGUUUUUUUACAA